UCUGUCAUUCUUCAUUGUUGUUAAAUCAUCUUUAAGCUGCCGGCAGUUAAAACCAGAAGUAUUUCCAACGCGUAUAGAGACAUAUAUAGGAACCUCCAAGAUACUCAACUACCGUCAUCUCAUCAAGCCCUAACCAAUAUGACAUCGCGCACCAACAAGUUCGAAAAAGCCAGCAUGCUCUCCCUUCGUAGCCGGCGCAACCCAGAGCUCCAGGCCAAAAUUUCCCAAAUGGCACUCCCCCUCGCACCGCUGGUGCGCUACCCAACGAGCGAAAUCCAUCCUUUUUUCCCAAGUACGCUCCUGAACUUCUGGCUUCUGACCUCGGAGCAGCUGGACGAGUUAGCCCAUUUCUACCAUCAGCGCACGCCGUCUUACUACAGUGCACAAUAUCCGUGUCCGGUGACGUGGGGCAAGGGUCUGACACUGGAGGAGAAGAGGAGGAAGAUUGGACGGUUCAUUGGAUUGAGAGGCUGUGAGAGUCCGGUGAAGACGGAGGAGGAAAUCUUGCAGGAAAUAAGGAGACGGAGAGCCGAGGAGGACGAGGAGGCGUGGAGGAGAAAGUUGAGGUCGUAUUAAUUGGCUGGGAGAGGAGUUUUAUCUGGAAUGAGAUGUCGUUACACCUCCGCCCUGUGUUGGGAGCGUAGAGUCUGAUCUCUGAGCCCAUGCGUAUUUCGAUG